UUACACUUUCACUUUCAUUCAAAAACAUUCAAACCAUUUCGAAGUAACAAUCUCUCCAAUUGCUUCCAACUUUUAACAGUUUAUCCAUUUUUGUGUAUCUUAGAUUUACAAUUAACCAACAAUCAGUGAAAAUGAUCCGAUUCGUAGCCUUUGUUACCCUCUUCACCUCAGCUUAUUGUGGCCUCAUCGCUGCUCCAGCAGCCUAUGCACCCGCUGCAGCUAUCCUCAACACCGGAGCUUCAAGCCAAUACCGAAGCCAGGAUAAUAUUGGAAACUAUGCUUUUGGAUAUAAUGAAGAUCAUUCCACCGGUGGAACCUUCAGACGUGAAAGUGGAGAUGCUUUUGGAACCAAAAUCGGAUCAUAUGGAUUAAGAGAUGCUGAUGGUCGAUUACGAAUUGUCAACUAUGUUGCCGAUGCCAACGGUUUCCGAGCCACCAUCUCAACCAACGAACCAGGAACCGAGCCCCGUGACCCUGCUAGUGUUUUGAUCAACAAAUCUCCUGCUAUUGUCACCCCAGCUGUUGCCGUACCUGCUCCAGCCGUUGCCCCAGUAGCUGCACCUUUAGCAAUCGCUCCAACAUACGCUUCUCCCGCAUAUGCUCCAGCUCCUGCAUAUGCUCCAGCCCCUGCAUACGCACCAGCUCCAGUUUAUGCACCAUACUCAUACGCCCCAGCUUCAUACAGUGCUUAUGGUUUUGCCGCUCCUUACGGAGGAUUUGGUCUCAGAAAGUAAAUUAAUUACAAUACAUCAACCAAUACUCAUCAUUAAAAUCAUCAUCAACUUUCUUUUUUCUGUCCUCUCACUGUACUAUCCUUUGGGUGAAACAUGAAAAAAAUUAAUUUAAUUGUCAUUAUUAUUACAUUAUUUGUAAUUUAUAUCACAAUGACAUAAAAACCAACAAGACUCUUUUUCAUGUCAAAUUGGAUGCCAUAGAUCCAUAAUAUCGGGUUUAUUUUAUUAUUAUUAUCAUUGCUAUUAAGAAUGUUGUGAUUAAGUAAGAAUCAUCAAAAGAUGAGAACGAAUAAAGAUCAGACUUCUAUUUUCUUUUAAA